ACGAAAAGAAAAUGGCGACGAAAGGCGUUCAUAGCAACGAAGUUGCAUAUUAGAUUUACCUUUGUGAAGCUAUUCUCUUGGCAUGUACUAGAUAGAGAUACGAAGAUAAGAUCAAAGUAUAAACCAUGGAUCCUCGUGUAGUGGCCAUUAUGGCUCAGCUGGAGAUGAAGGAUGAGGAGGAUAAAAGCCCUGUUCCAGCACCGGAAAAAGAAAAGCCCCCAAAAACAUUUGAGGAGUUCCUAAAGGUCGAAGGACUGACAGAAUGGCCCCAGCGUCUUACCUCAGAGGGGGCAUUAGACCUGGAAGGGGAAAUUUUACUGCUGGGAUCACAGGAGGAAAUUGCAGACCUCCUUAGGGAAUCAGCCCCGCUGGGACUCAAUAAAUUGGAGGAACUAGAACUUCGACUUGAUGAACUGGAAGAAAAAUUACACUUUUACUCCGAUCAGAUAGUGUCUGAAGAAAAACAAGAUCAGCAUGGCCAGGAUAGGUUGUUUUUCUCUCCGUCAAAAACUUUUCUAACAGAGAUGUCCGAAUCUGAUGCAGUUAAGUCACAUCACAGUGCCAGGGGUCACAAAACUAUGGACUUUGCUGAAUCAAUGAUGGAAACUAGGAAGAAGAGCCUGGAGUACUGCCAGUUCCCUGGUUUCCGCCAUGGAGAACUGAUAGAACUUCCAGGACAAAUGGAAUCUCCACCCAUUCUUCAUCGCGUCACAAAGGCACAGAAUUUCAAUCCUGGGUUCAAGAAAUUCUGGAAGAAACUGUUUUUGUCUGAGGCUUCGGUAGCCAUGAUGCAAGACACUUUCUGGUGGUUCUUCCUGAGUAAAUAUGAUCCUAAUCGACAAGAUGACCUUGACCUGCUGUUUGACAGAAUUGCUGACAGUUUUGUUGGCCUUUUUACCAGUAUUCAUACAGAUGUAAAGGACAAGUUUUUGGCUGUUUAUCCAGACUGUCUGGCACAGGCUGUGUUUAUGGCAUACUGGGAAGCUUUCCCAGAAUCCCGAGGAAAAAUGGACGAACAAUUCAAACAGGAUCUCAUUAAUACUGUAGUGGAAUGGAUAACAGGCCUUAGACCCAUGCCUAAUGUUUACAAGAGUUGGGAUGUGAAACGAAUGGAGGCCAAGCACCGAGGUGUGGAAAACCAGGGCAAGGACGCCAAAAAGAUGAUGGUCACUUCAUUCAGCAAUGACAUGAAGCUUUCGUUAGACGUUGACUCCUUUAACAAACUGAUAGACAAACUAUGGGGUGUUGAGAACAACGGUAAUGGUGUGUCCAAUGGUCCAACUCCUCUCCCGUCACGCGAGGUCACCAAAAUGACCACAGCCAGUAACUUAACAAUGCAGAGUACCGGCAUGGUGAAUCAACAGUUUGAUCAAAAGUUUUCACGGACCAGUCCAUCCCGAAUGGCCACUUGUGGCACCCCGCGGCGUAAACCUAAAGAGUCACACCAGAUAGGACCAGGCCCUAACUAUGAGCGUGUGAUGUUCAACACCUCCGGAAGAAGCCCAUUGAUUUCUCACUUCCUCCAUAUGAGACAACUUAAGGACUUCCAUCAACCUGGUCGAAAAGUUCGCCGGACAGAGAUUGUUGGACUCCCAAAACCAGGUCCUACCUAUAAACAACUCAUCAAGAACUCGCUAGCCAUGUCAGACGCUCUAAAGAAGGAAUAUCAAAAAAUUUGUGAUCAGACACAUCAAGAAAUCAUGGAACUUGAACGGAAGCAGAGAGACACAAACAGGGAAAUAAAUCGUCUGAAGAGAGAACUUAUGCUGACCAAAGACCCGUAUCACCUCAAGAUUCUCAGUGAGCGCAUUCUCGGACUGCGGAGAUAUGGUUCCAUCGAUGACUUGAAGUAUCCCGACAAGGAAGGAGAGCAUCGAGUGAUAGGGAACGAGAACUGACCCUACUUGAUGGUGAUGGUGAUGGCAGUUUCCAUGGAAAUGAAGAUGAGAGUUAAAAUGGUUGAGCCUCAUUGCCAGUGGUGCACAGAUGUCACAGAUUCCUGCUGAAAGUUUCCUUUUUGACACAAAAUACAACUGAGAAUUUCUUAUGGACACAAAAUACAACUGAGAAUUUCUUAUGGACACAAAAUACUUCUGAGAAUUUCUUAUGGACACAAAAUACUACUGAGAAUUUCUUAUGGACACAAAAUACUACUGAGAAUUUCUUAUGGACACAAAAUACAACUGAGAAUUUCUUAUGGACACAAAAUACUACUGAGAAUUUCUUAUGGACACAAAAUACUACUGAGAAUUUCUUAUGGACACAAAAUACUACUGAGAAUUUCUUAUGGACACAAAAUGCUACUGAGAAUUUCUUAUGGACACAAAAUACAACUGAGAAUUUCUUAUGGACACAAAAUACAACUGAGAAUUUCUUAUGGACAUAAAAUACAACUGAGAAUUUCUUAUGGACACAAAAUAUUACUGAGAAUUUCUUAUGGACACAAAAUACCACUGAGAAUUUCUUAUGGACACAAAAUGCUACUGAGAAUUUCUUAUGGACACAAAAUAUUACUGAGAAUUUCUUAGGGACACAAAAUACCACUGAGAAUUUCUUAUGGACACAAAAUAUUACUGAGAAUUUCUUAUGGACACAAAAUACAACUGAGAAUUUCUUAUGGACACAAAAUACAACUGAGAAUUUCUUAUGGCCACAAAUACAACUGAGAAUUUCUUAUGGACACAAAAUUCAACUGAGAAUUUCUUAUGGACACAGAAUACUACUGAGAAUUUCUUCAUAGACACAAAGUACUUCUAAAAAUCUCUUCAUGUGUAUAAGGGAAAUUAUGGUUAAAGAUGUCUUGAUGGAACCAAAGUAGUUUUGCCACUGUUGAGAAUUUGGGGUAAAGUGAUGUUAAUAUCAUUUUUUGGAGGCAGAUGACAUUUAAAGAAUUUCUUUCCAGUAUGUACUUUGCAUACAUGUUACCUAUUAAGAAAGUCUUUCAGUCAGACAUUAUGAUAUUUUAUACUUUGAAAAAUAGGGAUUUUUAAUUGGAUGAUAAUUAUAAUGUUAUAUGUUAUAAGAUUAGCAUUAAAGUUUUACUCAUUUUGUUGUACUUUUGAAAACGUUGAGAGAAAACGAGUUUGUGAAUGAAGGGACAUAUAAAAAAGGAGAAAUGGUAAGAUUGGAAGAAGAAUGAAAGGAAGAAAACGAGAGAGCAAGAGAGAGAGAAAGGGUUGUGGGGAGGUUGGUUAGUCCAGACAAACAAAAUAAAUGUGUUGUGCAUGUA